UUUACACCUGAAUGAGCGCCAAGCCUCUGUGGAUAUAUAAAGGGAACCUAGGGGAGGGAUUCCACAGUCAAUAGUGCAGAGGCAGGCGGAAAGAAUUAAGCGGCUCCUCAGCCAAGCAAAUCCUCCACUCAUCAUGCUUCCUCCUGCCAUCCAUCUCUAUCUCAUCCCCCUUAUGUGCAUCCUAAUGAAAAACUGUUUGGCUUUUAAAAACGAUGCCACAGAAAUCCUUUAUUCACACGUGGUUAAACCUGUUCCCGCACACCCCAGCAGCAACAGCACCCUGAAUCAAGCCAGGAACGGAGGCAGGCAUUUCAGUAGCACGGGACUGGACCGCAACAGUCGAGUUCAAGUGGGCUGUCGGGAGCUGCGGUCCACCAAAUACAUUUCUGACGGCCAGUGCACCAGCAUCAGCCCCCUGAAGGAGCUGGUGUGCGCCGGCGAGUGCCUGCCCCUGCCGGUGCUUCCCAACUGGAUCGGAGGAGGCUACGGCACGAAGUACUGGAGCCGGCGGAGCUCGCAGGAGUGGCGCUGCGUCAACGACAAGACGCGCACGCAGAGGAUCCAGCUGCAGUGCCAGGACGGCAGCACACGCACCUACAAGAUCACCGUGGUCACGGCCUGCAAGUGCAAGAGGUACACUCGGCAGCACAACGAGUCCAGCCACAACUUCGAAAGCGUGUCGCCCGCCAAGCCCGCCCAGCACCACAGAGAGCGGAAGAGAGCCAGCAAAGCCAGCAAGCACAGUCUGAGCUAGAGCCCGGCUGACCGGAGAGCAUCUGCUACCCACAUUUUUAUUGCUUGGAAGACUCGGGCUUGCCAUUGCUCUUUUCUCACUUGAAAGUAUACGCUUUCUGCUUUGAUCAGGCCCAGCAAGCUGUCCUUCUCUGGGACCUUCUUUGGCACUACUAGCUUUUUCUUUGCAAGUUUCUCAAGAUGUAAUGAGUCCAGUUUGCAGUGAAAGCCAGGCAUCCUGUAGUUUCCAUUCCCCGUCAUUUCCUAAAAGUACGCACCUGAUACUGUCUGUAUCCCAUCACAGUUUAAAACACUCCACUCCCUAGCUCACCCUCACUCUUCCCAAACGAAAUUCCUUCAAACCAGAAAAGUUCGUCGAAAAAAAAAAAAAAAAAAAAAAAAACGUAUCUUCACAGAACAUUUCAGACCGGGGCCUUUUCCACUAGUUUUCAUGGGAAUAGUUUGACAGCCAGGGUUUAGCUUCCUUUGAAAGAGAGGCAAAGCUGGUGACAUUUCACUUCAAAACUAAGCCCUGUGGCAUUUUACAGUCUCAGUGUGAAAUUAUACCCCGCAUGUUGACCUCGCUUGGAAUGGAAUGCCAGCAACGCAUGGCAGCAGCUAAUAAGUAAAGCCGAUUAUUUAUUUGUCAAUGUUGUUAUUUAAUGAGCUUUCACAUGUGAUUUUUUUUCAAAAUGUUAAUUUUUUUUAUGUUUUGAAGCUUUUUCAUGUACCUAAAUAUUUCCCAGUUUGAUUUGUGGUUGCUCUAGAAAUAUGAAAAUACAUGUUGUAGAUAUGUAAAAUAAAUAUUUUAGUUUCCUUAUAUAUUACACGUUUCAUCAUAAACUUUGUCAGUAGCAUGGUUCUCCAUAAGGCUGAAAUAUGUAAUACUUCAUUAUUUAGUCCAUGCAAUCGGAAAGGCAGCUUGACCUUCAAUGCCAUCGGUUUCUUUUAAUAAAUAUAAACACUGCUAAAUGUUAUCAUCCUUGCCUUUCACAUGUGUAAAAAAGGUACGUGCUUGCAAUCAUUGUAAAAUAAAGUUGUAAGUGUA